AUGCAUUUUAAUAUAAUAUUGACGUUGGUUAGUUUUUUUAUACAUAUUUGCAUUAUACAGUGCUCUACUCGACUAGAGAAAGUGAAUAAAGAUAUAAUACGGAGAGAUGAGGUCGAGCGGAGGCCGGCGGCAAUAGAGAAUUCUAAUGUAACACCAUUAGAUUUCAGAUCUAUAAAAGACUGGAAGCUCACGAACUUACUUUUAGUGAGCGAUAUAGACGGCAACUUGCAUGGAAUUGGAAGGGAUAGCGGUGCUUUGUUGUGGACAUUGCCGAUAGAAGAGCCACUAGUUAAAAUAGCCACUAAUAGCUCAGCCAAUAACCAUCACGAUAACGAAAGCACACAAUCUAACAUUUUAUGGUUUGUCGAGCCGUAUAAGGAUGGAUCAUUGUACUAUUUUGUGCCCCAGUUUGGCCUCAAUAAACUACCAACGAGCAUUAAAGAUCUAGUACUCGAAUCUCCGUUUUCAUUAAGCGGAGAUGAUAAAAUUUAUACUGGUACUAGGAAGACAUCACUUUUCACAAUAAAUAUAUACACGGGAGAAAUCAAAUCGGUAUUUGGAAAUGAAGAAAAAUGCCCCAAUCCCAACACACACUAUCGUAAUCGAGACUUAGGUCAGCAAGACACUAUAAUGCUCGGUAAGACAACUUACGAAUUAUCUAUUCAUUCUAAAGAAAAAACAAACAUAGUAUGGAAUGUGACUUACUCCCAAUGGGGUCCAAAUAAUAUUGACAAUGACUUAAUUGUACAAAAUCAGCAAAGUAUGGAUAAGCUUUAUUUCACGCCAUUCCACGAUAAAUCAUUGUUGGCCAUAAAUAAAGACAUAGGAACGCCAAUUUGGAUCAGCAAGUUGCCACUGUUGGCGGUCAAUGUAUUCGAUGUAUUCAAUAAUAUGAAGUCUCUCAAUGACUAUGUUGUUUUACCGCAUCCGUUAAAAUAUUUAAAUGACCUACAAACCAGUUCUAAUGAACAGUCGGCAAAUAGUGAUUUAUGCUUGAUUAAUAGGACUUCAAAUAGCCAGGAAUGGUUUGCAAUGAGCUUCAACAAUUAUCCCACACUAAUAAAGAGUGCUCCUAUAUCGGAAUACCAAAUGGCAUUAUAUAAAUUAGGUCAUCAGCAUUCGCAAGAUGUUAACGUUGAUUACUUGAAGAAUUUCCAAGUAUUUGAGUCGGAAUCCGAAUCUAAUAAGGUGGUGGAAAACUUGAUUCGUGGUAUUCAUAAAUUCAAUCACUUAACAUCAGAUAAUCUGUAUCAGCCCGUAUCAAGAUUCACGGAUUAUAAGGACGAGGCUGUUAAGAAAAUUGGAGAUGGAAAGUCAACUGGCCAACCUGAACAGUUGGAAAACAAUCAAAUUCCAAAUAUUAUAGAUGGGAUUAGAUUGUCAAAACCAGAACAAGAUGAAAUAAAUGAAUCCAAAGUACCACCGACAUCAAGCAACCAAGAUUUAUUAUUAUUAGAUUCUGGAAAUUCAAAUAAGUAUUUAUCACCCCCUGAUAACAGCAGUUCUACAACGAUAACUUCAUUAUCACUUAUCAAAAGAAUUUGUGAAGACGUUAUUGUUAUUUUGGUGUUAUUAGCAUUAUUGAUGUCUUUUGGUAAAUUUGGAAAAUUAGGCAAAAGAUUAAAAAAAUUUAUCAUCGAUAAGAGUAUAACUCUUGACUCGGAACAAAAAGCGGGAAAUAGCUUCCCAGAUGACAAAAUAAUCAAUAAAAUAGCAGUUAAUGAUGACCUGGGGAAUGAAAAACAAAGUGUGGAUAUAACUUCGUCUAAUGUUGAAACAACUGAUUCUAUUAUUUCUUCGUCGGAUGAUUUCAAUAAUAUCAAUAUAUCUCAGAAGGACCAAGGGAUUACAAAUAAUAAUUCUUCGAACAAUAAUGGCGUUAAUACUGAUGAAGGUAAAGAAAAAACUAUAAAGAAGGUAACAAUUAUCACGCCCAAUGAAGCACUUGAGAAGCCAGAUUCCUAUACUGAUCGUAACUUCAAUGAGAAUAGGGUUGAAUUUGAAGAUCAUGAGAAUAAUCCUGAUGACUCGAAUAGUGAGAUCAACCUUGAGGAUACUAUUACUAAAAAGAAGCGCAAGAGAGGAAGUCGAGGAGGCAAGCGAGGCAACAAAAAUAAAAGAGUUUCGGCUGAAGAUGUUAACGACCCGCAAGAUAAAGAAAGCGUUCAUAGUGAUGUCGACUCGGCUGAUGUUAUAAAUACCAAAAGCUUAGUUAGAUCUAAAAUUAAUAAAGUACCGACGAAGAAAUUACAAAUUGAAAACAAUCUAAUAAUAACUGACAGAAUUUUGGGUUACGGUUCUCAUGGAACCAUAGUUUAUCAAGGGACGUUUGAGAACAGGCCAGUUGCAGUGAAGCGAAUGUUACUCGAUUUUUAUGAUAUUGCUAACCACGAAGUUAAGUUAUUACAAGAAAGUGAUGAUCACCCGAAUGUUAUAAGAUACUUUUGCUCUCAACUGAGUGAAACAGAAAAAUUUUUAUACAUUGCAUUAGAGCUAUGUUUAUGUUCUUUAGAGGAUAUUAUAGAGAAAUCAAAAUCUUUCCCCAAGGAUAUUAGAUUGAAAGAUAUUAAUGCCACCGACGUGCUACACCAACUUGUGAGUGGGUUGCAUUAUUUGCAUUCUUUGAAAAUUGUUCAUAGGGAUUUAAAGCCGCAGAAUAUAUUAGUUGCGGACUUGAAAAAAUCUACAACGAAUUCAGUCAAUCCUUCUGCAAGGUUAUUAAUUUCCGACUUUGGUUUAUGCAAGAAGUUAGAUGCUGAUCAGUCAUCCUUCAGAGCCACUACACAAAAUGCUGCUCUGGGUACUUCUGGCUGGAGAGCACCUGAAUUACUAUUACAUCAUGAUUUACUAGAGAUCUCCCCAGAUACAAUUUCAUCUGUUGGUUCUUCUUCCCGUCAUUCAAUAACUACGGCGACCUCAAACGUCAAUGGUAAAAGAUUAACUAAAGCUAUUGACAUUUUCUCGUUGGGUUGCGUAUUUUUCUAUAUAUUAACAAAAGGUUCUCAUCCAUUUGGUGAUAGAUACCUUCGAGAAGGAAAUAUUAUUAAGGGUGAAUUUGACUUAUCCGCAUUGAAAUUCCAUUGUCCAAUGGAUCAUGUUGAGCUGUCACAUUUGAUAGCAUCCAUGAUUCACUUUAAUCCUAAAAUGAGACCUGGCACAACGGCAAUUUUGAAACACCCUUACUUCUGGCCUAUUAAUAAGAAAUUAGAAUUUUUAUUAAAAGUGAGUGAUAGGUUUGAAAUUGAAAGAAGGGAUCCUCCAAGUGAUCUCCUUUUAAAACUAGAAAGUAUAUCUAUAAACGUUCAUCAAGGUAAUUGGCACAAAGAAUUUGACACAGAAUUUAUGGAUAAUUUAGGAAAAUAUAGAAAAUACCAACAGGAAAAGCUUAUGGACUUAUUGAGAGCUUUUAGAAAUAAGUACCAUCAUUUUAACGAUAUGCCUGCAACUUUGCAACAAAAAAUGAGCCCCCUACCAAAUGGCUUUUACAAUUAUUUUAGCGAGAAGUUUCCAAGCUUGUUAAUGGAAGUAUACUUUAUAGUCGAAGCAAACUUGCAAGACGAGCAUAUAUUCGAAGAAUUCUACUUGUGA